ACUAUAGAUUUGAAUGAAAAAAUUGAAGGGGUUAAGGAUAGGAAGUAUGAUUUUUUGCUUUGUGUGGGCACUUUGACGAAAGGACAUGUUGGACCUGGAUGUCUAGGUGAGUUUUGCAGAGUGGUUAGAGGGGGAGGGCAGGGAUUAGUGAUUGCUACGAUCUAUGAGGAGAUUUUUGAGAGUUUGGGGUAUAAGAACGAAAUCGAGAGGUUGCGGGGGGAAGGGAAGAUUGAGAUUUUGUCGAUGGAAGAGAUUGGGAUUAUGAGGGAUCAGAGUAGGGGUGGGAGGAUGGUUGUUUGGAGGAGGAGGUGA